AUGGGUUCUUCGGCAGUGUUGUCUCUUGUAUUGACAUUUUCUUUCGGUCUAGAAGCAGUGAAUUGUUUCAUGUUUCGCUCGAUAUCCAGUCAUGCAUUUAAAGGUCUCAUUUCGCAAACGCUGUUCGACUUGGAUUGGCUGAGUUGUUUAGAAGCUUGUAGCCGAAGUGAGACAUGCGUGUCUUAUAACUACAACUCGCUGACAGAUACGGAAGGAAGAGGAAGUGUAUGUGAAUUGAUCAGCGGAGGAAAAUAUCUUGGCGAGUGUGAUACGAGUCAUCUUGUGUACCAAACUGGUUAUGUGUUUCACAGAAUAAAACUCAGCAGUAAGGAAGCAAACGGAAUAGUGCCAUACAAAACUGCGGUGCAAGAUAAAGGCUUUACAGACUGCCACGAGUUGUUGCAAGCGGGAAGAACACAAAGUGGAGUCUACACAAUCAACCCUGAUGGAAAAAACGAGUUUGAAGUCUUCUGCGAUCAACAGACAAACGGUGGUGGGUGGGUUGUCUUCCAAAAGCGAUUCCAUGGCUUGGUUGACUUCUUCCGCGACUGGGCGAGUUACAGAGUUGGAUUUGGUAACUUGACAGGCGAGUUUUGGCUCGGUCUUGACAAAAUACACCGACUGACGUCCCUGAAACGGACUAUCUUGCUCGUAAAUCUGGGUGAUUUUAAUGGAGCCUCAGCGCACGCCAUGUACGACAGAUUUCAAGUGUCAAGCGAAGAAAACUUAUUCGAGCUUCACGACCUUGGAAAGUAUUCAGGAACAGCAGGUGACUCCUUGGAGUGGCACAAUGGUUUACCUUACUCCACCAAGGACCGCAAUAUUGGUGACUGCCAUGAUGAAGAAUGUGCAAAAAUGUACCACGGGGCGUGGUGGUAUGGUGACUCCAUUCGAUCAAAUCUUAACGGCAAAUACUAUAUGACACCGAUUGCGCCAGCACACGAUGGUAUCAUCUGGGCACAUUGGAGGGGAUUUAAUACCUCCUUAAAAUGGACAGAAAUGAAAAUGAGACCAUGCCUUGACUGAAUGUCGAUCAGCUAACUACGGACCCUACCCUACGAACACAUCUACACUAAGCCGGAUAAAUUAAAAAAGGGAGUCUUUAGUCUCAAAACGCCCUCCAAGUUUUCUUUCCACAAUACAAAACGAAUGAAAUAUUACAAACGAAUGAAAUAUUCACUGUUCAUACCAUGCCGGAUUUAUUGUAUAUUGAAGCACUAUCAGCAGAUAAGCUUGAAAAUAUCCCUUAGAAAUGCACACGAUGAGGGCAAAUAAAACAAGCAAACAACAAAAACAACAAAAAGCAAAAAUAGAUAAACAAUAACGACAAAACUGAUAGAAAGAGACAAAAGAUAACAGAAACAAGUAAACGAACUAAAACGUAAUACGCACAAUAAAAUAAAGGAAAAAAGAAAUAAAACGCAAAGAAUAC